AUGGUAGGCUGCGGUGGCACAACAGGAGGCCGGAAGUUGGGAAGUUGUCCAGUGACCGAGGCCCUGGCGCAGGCGCAGGCCAUGCUUUUUGGUUCGAUGAUGAAUCCAAUGGCUGGCAUGAUGGGUAUGCCCAUGGGCUAUCCAAUGGGAAUGGACAUGUCAGCAAUGAUGGCAGGUGCCAUGCCCGGUGCUGAUGCGCAGGCGCAGCAGGCGCAGGCGCAAGCUCAGGCACAGCAGCAAGCGCAGCAGGUGCAGCAGGCGCAGGCGCAAGCGCAACAGGUGCAAGCGCAGCAAGCACAGCAGCAGGCGCAGGCCGCCCAGAAGGCAGCUGUCGCCGCUGUCGCAGCUGCCGCUGCACAGACAGGACCUGCGCUCAGGCCAAGCCAGUCGAGGAGGAGGAAGCGCCCUGGAAAAGGUCUAGAAGAGCCUUCAAGGGUGGCGACCUGGGCGAAGCCAAGGAAAACGGUGCAGUGCCCAAGGAGCUCAAUGGGGAUGCUCACAAGGAGAAACCCAAAGAAGCACCUGAAGUUCCGCCAGUCGCGCAAACUGAACAGCUUGAAGUUGUCAAGAUGGACGAGCCCAAAGAGGUCUCGGUCCCGGCAGUCGUGGCCUCGGUGGUCUCGGUUCCCAAGGACGACAGCGACAGCUCGGAGAAAGCCGCGAAGAAGAAGAAGACCUCUGACAGUUCAGAUAGCGAGAAAAAGCCAAAGAAAAAGGCGAAAUCCGAUUCCUCCAGUGAUGAGAGACGGAAGAAGAGAAAGAAAUCUGAUAGUUCUGAUGAUGGCGCCAAGAAAAAAGCCAAAGUGA